CCGGAAUUGCCAAACUGAGGGAUGGAUGGGGGAAGGAAGAAGCAGGGAUUCCUCUCGUUUAGCCGCUGCCAGUACUGGCCAGUUGCUAUGGCUUUGGAUGCUAAGGCAAUCAAGGAGGAAAUUCCUGACAAAGACACAUAUGAGACAAGCGCGCGAAAAGUGAAAGGUAAAGAACAGUGCCGAACGCCAGAUUCUCCAGAGGGCGCCCGAGUGGUGGCGCCACGGUCACCGAUUUCGCCUCAGGUGUCACACCAUCACAGCACCCUGGUACCUCCUCCGGCCAGAUCCGGCAGUGGCGGCGGUGGAACCGGUUCAUCGUCAUCGUCCUCUUCCUCGUCACAGUCAUCGCAGAUUGUCGUCGGUCGCAACGGGAGUUCCUCGCCGCCGAGUGAUUCUCCACUGCCCCCGGGAUCGGGUCGACCCACCCUGAAUGGAAGUGGGCUGGGAGGUGGUGGUGCAGGUAGCGUAGGUUCGAUAACACCCCCGCCGGCAAUCACACCCGCUUCGGUGGCCGCUGCCGUGGCUCAGCAGGACACUGCCAAGCUGUUGAAGAUACGGCGCUUCCUGGGGGCUCUGGUACAAUUCGGACAGGACACCAACGUUGACAUCGGGGACCGAGUGCGGUCUCUGGUGCUAUCCUUGGCGAGCGGCGGUCUCACGGUUGAAGAAUUCCAAAUCGCGGUCCAAGAGGCUACCAACUUCCCACUGCGCUCCAAUGUGGUUCCCUUCCUCAAAUCGCACGUUCCGGUGCUGCAACGAGAGAUCAAUCUUCUGUCCCGAUCCAGCAAACAGACACCCUCGCAGUAUGUUCGAUCAAACGAGAGCAGUGUGAUGGAGUACGUUCAAAAUCCUGCUGACACAGCUGACAUCUUCCUAUCGCAUGAAGGAUUCGGCACAUCCACCCCGAUUCCAGCGCCAGCAGUGAACGGAUUGGGCUUGAAACGACGAGCUUCGGAUAAUCUGUACGACACACAUCCUUCGGUUGGUCCGCCCGAAUGGAGCGACUAUGUGCUACCGCCAGCGGCCAAACGACCUCCACCACAUCCGUCGCUGCUUUUGGCCACUGCCGGUGCCCCGCAGCUCUACGCCACCCACCCGGCCCUGUUCGAGUACCAAAAUGGAGGUGGGCUACAUCCGGCACAUUCCGAUGCAUUGCAUUCCAUUCACCGUGACGACCGGGACCUACGGGCACCUCCACCAAGUGAUUCCCACCGGCCACCCCGGAUUCCCCCGGGUGGUGGAAGUGGCGGCGGUGGAGGAUCAGUCACAGGUGGCUCCGGAGCCAAUUCAAAUGUGGGCAUUUCCGUUUCCGCGCUGUGCGGCGGCAGUGGAAGCACAAGUGGCGGCGGCGGUGCCAACAGCAGCAGUAAUUCCGUAUCCGGUCCCAGCGGCGAAGAGGAAUGGAAAAAUAUCCACACCAUGCUCACCUGCAUCUCGGCCAUGGUCGAAAAGACUAAAAGGGCAAUUUCGAUACUGCAGCAACGAGGUAUCGAUAGCCACGCCAGGGAAUCGCACCAGGACAAUGUGCUGCUGGUGGACAUUAAGCGACAAACCGAGGAAAAGAUUGCCGAGUUUCGACGAAGCGCUGAGGAGUCGGUUAAUCAGGUCAAACGGCAAGCAGUAAUCGAAAUUCAGCGAGCAGUGGCCGCAGCCGAGGCCAGAACGAUUGAGAUGUUUGCCCAGGAGCGACUAAAGAUGGAGAAAAUGCUGGCCGAUAUCCAUCGGAGCAGUACGGAUCCGGAUGUCGAGGGAACGACCGGUGGCAGUCAGAAUAUUAGCACAUUGGCUUGUUGGAACUGUGGAAGGAAAGCAAAUGAAACCUGCUCCGGCUGCAACCUGGCUCGGUACUGUGGAUCUUUCUGCCAACAUAAGGACUGGGAUCAACACCAUCAGGUCUGCGGAACAUCGCGAGCGGAAAACGCCUUCCAGAAGCACGUGGCCAAUGCGCGAGCUGCACUGUCCCAGUCUCGCAGUACCACCCCACAGCAGCCCCAGCCUGGAGUCGUCGGUAGUGGGGGCAGCACAGCCAACGGAACUUCCGGCGCCGGGCCCAAAUGACGGACUAAACCGUUAAAACCGAAGAAAAAGUAUCUAUGCUAGUCAAAUUAAUAAGUAUGAACAUGUUCAGUAUGCGAACGCAAGAAUUCAAGAUCUACAAAGAGUGAAAAAAUGGAAAAGUUUUGUUUUUUCAAAGAAAUACUAUCUCGAUAUGAAACGAUAAAGCGCAUUUGGUAGGUCAUCUUUGACUAAUUACACUAGUUUACAGCAUUUUUGAACUCAGUAAACUGAUGGUCAUUUCAAAUGUAAAAUCGGGCGCUGAAUCCGAAAAUGAAAUUCAAAAAAAUCUCAGUAGAACCGUUUUUGAGUUAUGCUCCAAAUAUGAAAUUUCGAAAAAAUUAAAAAAGUUUUUGUACUUAGAUUAAAAUAUCUCUGACGGCAUAACAGUAAUUUGAAAUCCCUCUUUUGCAUAUUGAAGGUGAAUAAGUUUUCUAUCGAUCAUCUCAACACUGUUUUUGCGUUUGACCAACAGUAUUGCUGAUAUUAGUGACUUUAUGAGAAAAAAAAUUAUAAAAAACGCAUUUUUUUAGAGAAAAUUUUGUUUCAACGAAAGUUUUAGACUCGAUGGUAGCAUUUAAAAAAUCUGAUUUUCUUUUGCGCUUUAUUGUCAAUUUAAAACAAAGAUUUCAAGUGGUUAUUUAUCAAAAUUGGUUGAAAAUUGAAGAAGUUAUGGCUACUUUACCAUAACUGAAAUUUUUGGAGUUUUUAAUAAUUUAACGAACCGCAGUACACUUAUCAUUGUAUAGGAAGAAUCAAUCAUGAUAAAUCUCACUCGCUCCAAGUCAAAAUUAUUUAUUAGCUUACCAGAAGGUCACAUGCCAAGUUUCAGGAAGAUCUGACCAUAGGGAGGGGUUGCUUAAAUCUCAAACGUGAAUAAAAUUUUGUGGUAUUUUGCCCGGAAGGAACGAAAAAUACUGGUUUUUCAUCAAUAACUUUUUUCAUAACUAGCUGAUUAUUUUUUAUGGUUGAUUUUCUUAAAGCCUAAGUUGAGACAAAUAUUUCACCCGAAGACUGUAACUCGAUUGGAUUUGAAACAGGAAAGUUAUCGCGGUUCAAAGACCGCAAAUUUUGUCCAACACGCAAUGAGUACUUUUUACCCAUUGCGAUUUAUACGACAAUUUUCGACCAAAAUUCAAUCUUUAAACCGCAAUAACUUUUCUGUUUCAAAUCCAAUCGAGUUACAGUCUUCGGGUGAAAUAUUUGUCUCAACUUAGGAUUUAAGAAAAUCAACCGUAAAAAACAAUCAGCUAGUGAUGAAAAAAGUUAUUGAUGAAUAACCAGUAUUUUUCGUUCCUUCCUGGCAAAAUACCUCAAAAUUUUAUUCAAGUUUGAGACUCAAGCAACCCCUCCCUAUGGUCAGAUCUUCCUGAAACUUGGCAUGUGACCUUCUGGUAAGCUAAUAAAUAAUUUUGACUUGGAGCAAGUGAGAUUUAUCAUGUUUCAUUCUUCCUACACAAUGAUAAGUGUACUGCGGUUCGUUAAAUUAUUAAAAACUCCAAAAAUUUCAGUUAUGGUAAAGUAGCCAUAACUUCUUCAAUUUUCAACCAAUUUUGAUAAAUAACCACUUGAAAUCUUUGUUUUAGAUUGACAUUCAAGCGCAAAUGAAAAUCAGAUUUUUUAAAUGCUACCAUUGAGUCUAAAACUUUCGUUGAAACAAAAUUUUCUCUAAAAAAAAUGCGUUUUUAUAAUUUUUUUUCUCAUAAAGUCACUAAUAUCAGAAAUACUGUUGGUCGAACGCAAAAACAGUGUUCAGAUGGUCGAUAGAAAACUUAUUCACCUUCAAUAUGUAAAAGGGGGAUUUCAAAUUACUGCUAUGCCGUCAGAGAUAUUUUAAUCUUAGUACAAAAACUUUUUUAAUUUUUUCGAAAUUUCAUAUUUGGAGCAUAACUCAAAAACGGUUCUACUGAGAUUUUUUUGAAUUUCAUUUUCGGAUUCAGCGCCCAAUUUUACAUUAAAAAUGUUGGUCAGUUAAUCAAGUUCACGAUUUUUUCAAAAUUUUGUAAACUAGUGUUAUUACGCGUAAUGAGAGACAUCCUAUAGUAGUUUCACCUAGUUUUUAACGUUCUUCUAAGUAAGAAUAAACGAUAAACGACGAUGUUUCUGAAAUGCAGAAAACAGCAUCCUGUAAAUCUAGAAGCAAAAAAUGUGCAAUAUGAGAAAACAGAGCUCUUGUAGGCUAAACCUAGCGGAGAUACUAGAACCAGUUCAAUUCACAAUUAUUGUAGAUGUCAAGUUCUUAAAUGGUAGUUACUAAACAAUCGAGCACAGUUACGGUUUAAUUUUCGUUUUCCUAAAGCUAAAAACCAAAACUACGGAAACUUAUUUGUGUUCAAAGUAUUCAAAGCAGUAGCGUAAAAAUAUUUCAAUUGCAUUUUCUGACCGGUAAAACCACCUGUUGAUUUCCAAGCCACGUGCUUUUGACUGUUUUGCGCAAAAUCCAGCUUCCGUUUUCGGUUGGGAGAAUAACGUGCUUCUGUUUUCAUUUCAGUAUAAAAGCACUCUCAUAAGCAAGCAAGCAUUCAAUAGAUAACAAUAGAAUAUAGCAUUUACAAAAAUCAGUAGUAAAUAUUAAAGAAGUUUUCUCGCCCAAGCACUUCUAUUUUGGACAAGAUCUAAGUUCCGAAGCGAAAGCAUCUUAAAAUGGAUUCAUGAUUCGCUGCUAUCGAGGCUCCCAUUGACUUGUAGACUUAUAGAAACUCCAAAGAACGAACAUUGUCUUGUUUAUAAGUUGUCUCCACCUUUUUCUAAACCAAAUCUCCCAAAGCACUAGGAAGUAGUAAGCAAGAAACACUCUACACUAAGAUCGAUCUACAUUUGAAAUCUACCUGUGUAAACUAGCGAGCGUUGUUGACUAAUUUAUUGAUUCUCACUUAGUUGAUAGUAACACCUGUAUUAUAGUAACUACGAAUAAAAAACUGUUAAACCACUACUCUGUGAGGAAAAAGUUUCCUUUGAGAAAACACAAAAAUCGUCAUUAUUCGAAACUGUUUCUCUUCUGCAGAGUGGAAGAAACUGAAGUCCGGAAAACGUGAUCAGAUCACAACUUAAAUGCACCUUCUACAAAAAGGUAAACCAGCGAUGAAAAUACUAAAAAAAAACAGUCACCCUGUAACGGAAAAAAUCUCUCAUAGUCAAAACUAACACAGGAAUGUAAAUAACUUUUCGAAAGAUAGUUUUCCUCUAUGUUUCAAAGCGAGACCUAUUCGAGAGAAAAACAUAACAACACAAUAUUGUAACGAAAAGCAUGCAAAUCAAAUCCUCUUUCUUGGAACUAAAAAUCUCUACCGAUAACAGAACAUUAAAACGAUAAAAAAAAAACUAAACUAUACACAACAAACAGGAAGAAAAUAAACGAUUCUUUGUUUUGAAAUUAAA